AUGCCCUCUGCUCCUGCCGCUCCGAUCCAUGCAUCCGCCGAUGGCCUUCAGGUAGCCGUCCGAUCAACGUGGCGCGUGGCCAACGGCGAUUGGUCGUUCGUGUCCGACGUAUCAGAAACACAGAUCGAGGAUGUUAGAAACGCGGAACGAGUCGACUGGGAGUUGAAUGGAGAGGAAGGCGGAGGGGGCGGCGGAAUCUGCGGAACGUUUCCCCUCCUUCCCCUCUCCCCCCUUGCUCCCCCGCCUCCCCCCUCCCCCAAUCUUUCCCCUCCCCCAAUCCUCCCACUCCCCCUGCCAGUGCUCUUCCCCGCCCGCGCCGUCCGCCUGCAUUCCCUCCACCUCAUCACCUCGGCGCGCUUUGCUGAGCUCUACGCAGCUCAUGCCACGUGGCAGGGCGCCACGGGGCAGGGGGAGGGCGCACCCGGGGGAGGAGAUCUGGGGGAGUAUGUGUGCACUGUCAGGGGGGAACCCGCGGGGGCGAUUGGAGGGGGAGCGGGGGGAGGCGGAGGAGGGGGAGAGGGAGGUGGAGGGGUAGGCGGAAUGGGAGGGGGAAUGAGAGGAGCAGGAGGAGGAGAAGCCAUCAACCGUCCUCCUCUCCACUCCCUCCUCUUGCAGGUGGCACCUCCCCCAGAAGCAGACGACUGCUCCCACAGCAACUGUGGCUCCGAAGCAGAAGCAGCUUCGUCAACAGGUUCGGCAGCAGGCUCAACAGCAGCAACAGCAGGGGCAUGCCUCUCCGACGCAUGGCUCUGCUCGCUCUCUCUCAAGCUGCUGGGUCUCAGGGGAGGGUCUACACUGCCUCCGAACUUGCCUGCUGCUUUGGCAGGUGGCAUGGGUGGCAUUGUUGGUGGUAACAUGGGUGGUAACCCGAGUGGUAACAUGUCAGCAACAAUGCUCCCGCUCCUCCUCGCGUCCCUUGCGGCUCCCUCCAAAACCCUCCGCCCUCCCCCUUCCUCUGCUCCCUCCCUUCCCUCCUUCCCUCCCAGCAUCACCUCUCACACUCCCCUCGCUCCUCUCUCUGCUCCUCCUCCUAACCCGCCUCCCUCCCAAGACCUCCUCACUCACUCGCCUCUCCUCCUUUCUCUCGUGCAUCGAGUUGAGCGAUUGGAGAGGGUGUGUGCCAGGCUGGAGGCGCAGGUGACAGGUGGCAUGUCGCGAUUGGCCACACGGCUGGAUAAGGUUGAAUCCAGCGUUCGUGUGAUGCAGGCGACUCAUGCCUCCCCCACUGCAUCUGCUUUGGCAACUGCUGGCACUGCUGCUACAAAUGGUGCUGAUGCUACAACUGAUGCUACAGCUGCUGCUGCUGCUGCUACAGCUGCUGCAGCUUCUGCUGCUGCAUCCACUGGGUUUGAGGCACCUCAAACGUCUCUCGUUCGUGUGAUGCAAGCGUCUCAUGCCUCCCCCAUUGCUUCUGCUUUGACUCCUGCUGCUGCGACCGCUCUUGAUGCUACAAGUGCUGCUGCUGCUGCUUCUCCUGCUGCUGCGGCUGCUGCUGAUACAUUUGCUGCUGAUGCGACAGCCGAUGCUGCUCCUUCCACUCGAUUCGAGGAACCCCAAACUGCUGCUUCUAUGCCUCUACUCCCUGAUACAGUUUCUGCUACAGCCGCCGCUGCACCAAUCAACACAGCCGCUGCUACAACCACUGCUGCUCCCACCACCACAGCAGCUGCUACAGCAGCUAGCGAAGCAGCGGUUGCUCCAAGCACUCUCGCAGCCAGGAAUUUCAUGGGCGAGGUUGACGGGGCAAGGGAGGGUAAGGGGAUGGAAGAGACGCGGAAGGAGGGGGAGGAAGGCACAUGGAGGGAUGUCACGACCGAAGUGGUGACUGAUGCUGGUGGUGGCAGUGGUGGCAGUGGUGGUGGUAGCAGUCGUGGUAGUGGUGAUGGUGGUGGUGACGAGGGAUCUGCUGCUGCUGAGACAGCAGCUGCAGAGGCAGCUAAGGCAAUGGAAGCAGCAGCAGCAGCUGCUACUGCUGUUGCCGAAUCAGAAAGGCAUGUAGCAAAUGCAGAGGAAGCAGCAGCAGCAGCAGCAGCAGAUGCCAAGGCAGUCAAAAAGCCAGGGGUGGAUGACUUAGCCAAGGCAGUCAAAGAGCAAGGGGUGGAUGACUUCUUAAAAGAGAUACUUAGCCGAAUGGAGCGGCGGCAGCAAGCAGAAUCUCUUAAAGAACCAGGGGCUGCUGUGGUGCAAGGGGGGGGUGCUACCUUGAUGGAAAUUACGGAGAAACGUGGAGUGGGUUGGGAUGAGAGCAGCAGUGGGAGGGAGAAGGGGAGAAGUGUAACGGGGGAAAGUGGGAAUGCGAAGGAGGAUGGGGGGUUUGGAGGGGAAGAGGGGAAAAAGGCUUUUGGGGUCCCUCUAAGGAAUGGUGAGGCUGAGGACGAGAACAAGGAGCAGGCUGAGCAAGUGGAGGAGGAAGAUGGGGAAGUGGCUUCUGUGGUUCCUCUUAGGAAUGAUAAGGCUGAGGAGGGGGGCAAGGAGGCUGAGCAAGUGGAGGAGGAGAGGGAUGGGAUGGGAUCAGUGGAGGGGGGUGAGAAGUGCAGAGUGGGGAGUUGUGGGGAUUUGCAAAGCUCAUCUGAAGCAGAGAUGAGACCAGGAGGGGAGGCUGUGGAGGAAGCAGGUGGUGAGAUGGGGGGAGGUGGUGGGAUGGGGGAAGGUGGUGAGAUGGAGGGGGAUGGCGAGAUGGGGGAAGGUGGUGAGAUGGGGGGAGAAGUAAGAAUGGGGGAAGGUCACUCGAGCAAGUUGCACUGCAUUCUGGAAAAGCAGAUAGAGAGUGGUGGGGUUUUGGCGGAGAGUGGUGGAGAGGUGUUAUAG